AUGAAGCACGUCCUCGUGAAAUGGGAGACCGAGGACACGUGGGACGUGUAUCCUGUGAAGAGGAUCGCCGAUAUAGCAAUUGGAAUGGAGCUGCUUAGGGACCCGGCCAUCACGCUACAAAAAUUUCGGGAUGUCGUUGUCGACAUCGUGUGGCAGCCUGAACUGACGAGAGACAGCGUCGUAUGCGAGCGGCACUUCGACGAGAGUUUCAUUGAAAGAACAUACCGGCACGUUAUAAACGGUGAGGUUGUAGAGAUACCCCGUGAUCGUCCGCGUUUGUCAGACGAUGCUGUGCCUACGUUGUUCCCGGACGCACCGAAGUACUUUACCAAAAAAGCACCCGUGAAAAGAAAGGAUCGCAAUGUAUGUGAGCAGCACGGACCUGCCAAAAAACGGCAAAAGCCUAACUCAGUCAGCAGACAACAGCCCGAAGUACUCGUGCAGCAGCAGGAGCUGGAAGAUCCCAGUGUUCCUGAGGUCGGAACAUCUGACGCAGUCCACGCCGUCGCCGAAGUUCAGCAUGCGGGCUUGAACCUCCGUCUACCUGACGAAACGUGGAACAAGUUAACGUUUCGCGGUGAACAUGAUUCUGCAGUGUACGGCGUUUGUGAGCUCGAGGGCGAACAAGUUGACCACAUCUUGCUUCCCAAGCUGGUUAAAUUCAAAGCUAAUAGCUGCCAACAGAACUCAUUGUGUUGCUUUGUAUACCUGAGGGGAAAACUGCAUUCACAGUGUACCGUCUCGUCGCAGGAAGAAGGGCAGUCGGUGCUCGACAGCACACAUGCACUUACAUUGUGUCGAGGCUGCGGCAUCAGACCGGAAAAGCAAGGACAGUAUGUAAUCUUUGCUGGGAAUUGCUUUUCCGCCAAGUGUACUUACGUGUGUGAGAGUGGCGGCUCCUGCAUACACUGCAAGUACCUCAGAAAACUGGUGCAAAAUCAAAUGUCGCGAAAGCGGCGCAACGGGCGCGUGUCAAAACGUCGGAAAAAACUCGCUAACACGAGUCGCAUCUUGCUUACCGCUCAGAAAAAGUUGUUGAAUGCAGAACGCGAACUAGCAGCGAUGCGUCAGGCAAAUCAACAGAUUGCCGACGAGGUGUUGGGCGCUCGCAUUAAAAGUUUGCCUGAAAAGCAACAAAUGGCUGUCAAGGCCUGCUUCGAGGCAGCUGCGAGAAAAUCAACAUCGGGGAUGUUGUAUGAGAAAGAAUGGAUUUUGGAGUGUGUACUUCUGCGGAUGCGUAGUCCCAAGUUGUACGAGCAUCUCCGUAAGCAAAAAGUUCUUAUAUUGCCAAGCAGGACGUGUCUGCAGCGCUAUACUCGCAGUUUCAAGAGUGGAUUCGGAUUCAAUAGUGCAGUUUUCAAUGCCCUUGCUACCAAGACUAGAGACAUGGACAUCUCUAGUAGACAUGGAGGCAUCAUCUUCGAUGAAAUUAAGUUGGCUGAGCAUUUCAGCGUCAACGCAGUAGGUAAGCACCACCAUUUCUUCAAUCGAGCAUCAGAUCACUGAAAAUGCACCACGUUUGCCCGGCAUAGAGCCCGUUUUUAUACUGCAGAGGCAAUCAAGUUUUCCAUUUUAACUUACUUCCAGGGACAGUGGAAGGCUUCGUUGACCUUGGAAAGUUCACCCUGGAUGAAGAUCGGACGACCCCGGCAGACCAUGGGAUGGUGAUGAUGUUUCAACCCUUUCAAGGUGACUGGACACAGAUAUUGGGAGUGUUUUCAUCGAAAGGGAACAUCAAAGCGGAAAUGCUGGCAAAGCUUCUUCUAGAGGCCACCCUCUUGUCAGAACAAGCCGGUCUUUUUGUCGACUUUGUAUCCUGCGAUGGAGCAACCUGGAAUCGGAGCAUGUGGAGGUCAUUUGGAAUCGGCGGUAUGAAACUGAACUAUCUGUUCUAUUGUGCCAAGUUCAGCAUAUCUGCAAUGUGCAUGGGACACAUGAAACAGUAUACAUACAUCAGACUUGCACUUAGUGAACAACUUCCUUUGGCCCUAUUUCUAUGCGUUCCCUCAAUAUCAGCGAUGUCUUCGCAGAACAGUGUAUACUCAUUAAGUUUCAAACACCUCCAUCCCUUUUCGUGAUGAGGAAACUGUGAUGUUUGAAAGCAGACUGCUUCUUCUUUAUUUCAGCAUCCUCAGGCAAGACCACUUGCAGUGCUACCCACCCUGUGGAUCCCUCCAGAAGGCUUCACUUCUGCUCCGACUUCCCUCAUUUAGUCAAAUGUGUUCGCAACUCAUUUGUGAGCACCGGUUUCACCACUCAAGAUGGUCGCGUGUGUGUUCAGCACAUUGAGGCAGCAUGGGAGAAAGACAAAAGUUCUUUAACUCUGAAGGCCAUGCCACAUAUUACCAGAGCACACAUUCGGCCCAAUUCUUUUGAGAAAAUGAAAGUUAACUUGGCCUUCACAAUUUUCAGUGAUGAAGUUUUGAAAGGAAUGUUUUUGUUAUCAUCGGACAUUGAUGAGAUUUCUCGUUCGAAACUAGUGCCCACAGUGGAGUUUGUGAAGCGAAUGAGCCGACUAAUAGCAGUGAUGACGUCGAGGUGCCCGCGAGAUGGGCUCAGGCCAUCAUCAGAUAAAGUUGCUGACAUAGAAGCGUUCCUUUUAUUCAUGGAUCACUGGGAAGCAGCAGCAAAUAAGGCCGGUGGUGGAUUUGUGAGUAAGAGCACCGCGGAAGGGUUGCGUGUUACCCUGUGUAGUGCACUUUCACUUCUUACAUAUCUGACAAAGACUCUCGGAUAUAGGCUUACUGCCAGACUUAGCCAAGACAAAUUAGAAAAUGUUUUCGGGAUAAUUCGGCAGUACUGUGGUACUAAUGACCAUCCA